AACGCGGUUUUUCGUCAGUAAAACCACCAAAAGACCGUACGAAGAUUGUUCAAAGCCCGCGACCUUGUUGAUAUAUCUGUUUAGUCUCCUCCCUUUUCUCCCUUUCUUCGAUCUUCUUUUUUGGAUUAAAUCUUAGAGGAAAGUGGGGGGGAAAAGGAAAUUUUCAGAAAGGUUGAAAGAUGGGAUGUUUUCAAAGUAGAGGUGCUGAUUCCAAAGCUAAUAGGAUUGCUCGAUGGCGAUCAACCGGCAUUGUUGCUUUACGUGACGCCAAAUUGAAGACAUUUCCAGAUGAAGUUCUUGAUCUGGAUAGAUCUGUGCGAACACUUGAUUUAACGCACAAUAAAUUAGUUGAAAUACCUAUGGAUAUCAGCAACUUAGUCAACAUGCAGCGUCUGAUUUUAGCCACUAAUCUUAUCGAGCGACUACCAAUUAAUCUUGGGAAGCUUCAGGCUCUAAAAGUUAUGAUACUUGAUGGGAAUCAAAUUACUUCCUUGCCUGAUGAAUUGGGCCAGCUGGUAAGACUUGAGAAGUUAUCGAUCUCUGGAAAUAUGUUAAUGUCCUUGCCCGAGACUAUUGGCAGCUUGCGCAAUUUGUCAUUGCUUAACGUGUCUAACAACAAGUUAAAGUAUCUUCCUGAAUCAGUUGGGAGCUGCUUUUCUUUGGAAGAACUGCAAGCAAAUGAUAAUCUUAUCGAAGAACUUCCUGCAUCUGUUUGUAAUCUUGUUCACUUGAAGUCACUUUGCUUAAACAAUAACAAAAUCAGCCAGAUUCCUCCUAAUUUAUUGAAAGACUGCAAAGCUCUUCAGAAUAUCUCGCUGCACGACAAUCCUAUCUCAAUGGAUCAGUUUCAGCAAAUGGAAGGGUUCCAAGAAUUUGAAGCAAGAAGAAAGAAGAAGUUUGACAAGCAAAUUGAUUCAAAUGUGAUGAUCGGUUCGAAAGGCCUCGAUGAGGUGUUGAUCUAUAACUCUGCUGCAUUCACAGUUCUGCUUCUGAACAGAUUGGACAAUGGUUACAUAUCUUCAACAACAUCAGAUAUCAAGGAACGUGGAUUGGAUAGUUUACUAGUUUUUUUCGUUUAAAAUAAAAUGUAUAGUUACAGAAUCGAGUUGAAUUUUCUCUGUAUAUGAUUGAUAUUUAUAGUUUAUAUUACCGUUUUUCUUCUGUAAUGGGGUUGUAACUUGGGGAUCAAGGGAUUGUAGAUGCUACUGCUAGAACUCGAAUCUUGAUGUGUAAGAUGCUACCUUUUGGAGUAAUUGAAACUGAUUAUA